CUGAAAACCACUAAAGGUCCAGACACACACUCAAAAAACAGUUUAGUCCCCCCUUUGGGACACUUGUGGUAAGUUGCUAAGAGACAAGUUGCAAAGAUUUCAGUCUCGUGCAGCAAGAGUCCUAACGGGUGCUAAUUAUGAUACUCGCUCAGCUGAUCUUCUCAACAUGCUUUCUUGGGAUACACUUGAAAAUAGGCGGUCUGGUGCCAAGUCAGUAUUAAUGUAUAAAAUACUUAACAACCACACUGCGCCAGGUCUCCGGGGGUCAUUCGUCAGAAGAGAAAUAGAUCAAACUAAUUAUCAUCUUCGAAACACAGCAACUGAUCUAACAAUUCCUAAACCGAAACGAGAAUUUCUUAAAAAAAGUUUUAAAUAUAGCGGCGCUAUGCUCUGGAAUCAACUCCCAAACGAAGCAAAAUUGGCCGAGUCGCCUCAUUCGUUUAAAUCAAUUGUUCGACAGCGACAUGCUUCCUAAUUAUUUGUAUAUAGUAACGUGUACAGUAUGUGUGUACUAAUAUUUAGUUUAAAUUUUCCUUUUAAUGAUUUUUAAGAUCUAAACACGCCCCCCAUGGAAACCAGCCUAGAGUUGAUGGGGCUAGCGUGUUCUUCUUUCUGUUAAUUUUAAAUAAAGUAUUACCUACCUACCUACCUACCUACCUACCGGACGCGAAUCCACAACGCGACGCGAUUUUUUAGUUUUUGAAAGUUAAUAAAACAGCUAAUGAGAGCAAAUUUUGAAAGGUAUGUAGACCAGAUAACUCAAAAUGUUAUAACGCUUCUAAAUAUUUGGAAAAUUUAAACUAGGAUCAAAGUUAUCGUUCAAUGAAAAUCGAAAAAUCGCGUCGCGUUGUCGAAUCGCGUCCGGUCUGUCGAAAGCCUCUAAUUAGUCUAAUACAACCAAGCAGAAUUAUUUCUAAUGGGGAUUUGUACAAUUAGGUUUUAGGUGUCAGCCUUUGCCCUUUGGAAAAAGCGAAGCCGGAGCAUUUACUUUAUAAACUUCAUGACGAAUAGAACUGAGAGUUAAAUUGGAACGCGGAAUGACAGAUAACGCGGUUCACGAGACGAAUAAUUAUCACAAUUAAUAAUCAGAAUGACAAAAGCAUUGGAAUGCAAUCUCGGCUGGAUACGAAUAAUUCCUUUUUCGAUUUAUCUUUUAUAUCGAAACCGCUAAACUAAUUAAAUAUUCUAAGCUCACAAAAUCGAAGGCCAAUUUCUGAUCUGUGGCGUGCGUAGCAAAGUUGAAAGUUCCUACAAAGUUUUUGCGAUAUGUCUUCGUUAAAUGACCGUGAAAUAACUGCCUUGAAAGAUGCGAUCGACCUGUACGAUACUGUUGGAGAUGGAAAAGUCGAUUCUCUUGCCUUGGCUGACAUCUUGCGAGGCAUUGGCGAAAACCCGACAGAAAGCGAUGUUCAAAAAUUUCUAAAACAAGUCGACCCGGUGGGGAAUAAGCGAAUUUCGUUGGACGAUCUUAUACCUAUCGCUUUAUCCUGUAAGCAGAAAUCGCGAGAUGUCCAACCCCAAGAAUUUGUGGAUUGCUUGAGAGUCUUUGAUAAAGAUUGCUCGGGCAACAUUAGCAGCGCCGAACUUCGACAAGUGUUGACGACGCUAGGGGAUAAAUUGUCGACUGACGACGUGGACAUGUUGACGAGCGGGCUUGAACACAAGGGACAAGUGAACUAUGAGGAAUUUGUGAGAAGUGUUAUGUCUGGGUAAAUAACUACGAAUUGUGCUGUUAUUCAACGCGUUCUCUGAUAUUUUUUUACAAUAACAUAUGUAAAGCAUAGUUUUAAUAGCCAGUUAAAACAAACAUACAAAUGAGUGUUGUCAACAAUGUGCACUUGUCUUUAUGUCAAAUGAUCUCGUGGACAUAUAGACAGACAGUGUAUUUUCGGGGCUGAAAGCACUUCAAUAGCCUUGUUUUAACAUUAUUUUAGCCUAAUAUAUGUACUGUUUAAUCACUUCCUAACAUUUCCGUUUGUAAAGCGUUGUUAGAAAUAUGUAUUCAGUAUACUGUUUUGCAAUUAAAAUUUAAAUUCUUA